UUCCAAAUCCAAUGCAAAUAAGCAACCCAGAUUAAAGUUAUUACUCCAUAUACACAAAUCCAAACCAAAGUGCAGAAUCAUGAGUCAAGAACAACCACAGAGACCACGAGAAGAUCAAUUCCCUGAGCAACAACCAAUCAAAUACGGCGACGUUUUCAACGUCUCCGGAGAAUUAGCAUCACAACCAAUCAAACCAAGAGACGCAGCUCUCAUGCAGGCAACAGAGAAUCAAGCCUUAGGACAAACCCAGAAAGGAAGUCCCGCUUCUGUCAUGCAAUCCGCAGCCGCGGUAAACACGGCAACCGGUUUUGUCCAUCGUGACGACAUGUCAGAUAUAGCCAGAAACCAAGGCGUGAGCAUCUCCGAAACCAAAGUGGGUGGAAACCGCGUGAUCACUGAGUCGGUAGGGUCACAAGUUGUAGGACAGUUCGUUGAACCUGAUGUGCCAAUGAAUGACCCUGGUUUGGUUUUGGAUGAGAAUGCUAUAACCAUUGGUGAGGCGCUGGAAGCUUCUGCUUUAACUCCAGCUGGUGAUAAGCCGUUAGAUCAGAGUGACGCUGCUGCUAUACAGGCAGCGGAAAUGAGAGCCACCGGGAAGAAUCAAACUGAGCCGGGUGGGUUGGGAGCCAUUGCUCAGUCAGCAGCAACUCGGAACACUCGUACUAUGCCUGAUCUGCAGAAAACAACAUUGGCUGAUGUCGUAACGGAUGCAAGGGAGAAGCUGGGAGCAGACAAGGCGGUAACAAGAGAGGAUGCGGAGGGAGUGAUUGGAGCUGAGCUCAGAAACAAAGCUGACAUGAGAACUACACCGGGCGGUGUGGCUGCAUCGAUGGCAGCAGCGGCCACACUCAAUCAAAACAAGAUGAACGGGUGAUAUGUCGUGGAGAUUGGAGAUUUCAAGUUUUUAAGAUCAAUCAUGGUGUCUAAACAAAUCAAUGAAGAUCGAGUUUGAGUUUAGGUGUUGUUUGUAAAACUACGUUAGCCUUACUGCCACUAUGUUUUACUUGAAAAGAAAGUUGUUAUUACCUUUCCUUUUGUAGUGUUUUUUGUAAAUAGUUUAUUCCACUAAGUGUGUACUUGGGUCAACUUUUUAAUUUAAAUGAAUAUAAGAAUUUCUCA